CUGCUACCCUCCAUUCUUGCCCCUCAAUUUCUUUUAUCAACCCAUACUCCCGCUCACACACACCAUGACUCGCGUACUUUUGACUGGUGGAAGCGGCUUCAUCGCUGCCCAUGUGCUGGAAACCCUUUUAGCCCGCGGCCACUCCGUCGUCACCACCGUUCGAUCCCAGACCAAGGCCGAUGCCAUCCAACAAGCCCACCCAGAGGUCACCAAAGACCGCCUGUCCUUCGCCAUUGUGGAAGACAUUGCCCAGCCAAACGCUUUUGACCGCGCCGUGGUCUCCGACCCCCCAUUCGAAGCUGUCAUCCACACUGCCAGCCCCUACCACUUUCAGGCUAAAGAUGCAAAAGACUUGCUCGUCCCCGCUAUCACAGGCACGACUGGGAUUCUGGAGUCGGUUAAGAAAUACGCCCCGCUGGUGAAGCGCGUGGUGGUGACAUCUUCCUUUGCUGCGAUCAACGAUGUCUUUGCCUCGGCCGCCGGCAAGGUCUACUCCGAGGCGGACUGGAGUCCCAUCACAGAAGCACAAGCCAAUGACAGCCCCGCGAACGCCUACCGCGCCAGCAAGACCUUCGCAGAACGCGCAGCCUGGGACUUCGUCGAGCGUGAACAGCCCAACUUCACACUCUCCGUCAUGAACCCGCCGCUCGUGCUGGGCCCAAUCACGCACCACCUCACCUCGCUCGACACCCUCAACACCUCCAACCAACGCAUCCGCGACCUCCUCUCCGGCGCCGCCAAGCACCGCUGCCCACCGACCGGCAACUACCUCUUCGUGGACGUGCGAGAUCUCGCGCUGGCGCACGUGCUGGCCGUCGAGAACGAGGCCGCCGGCGGCAAGCGCUUCUUCACCGUUGCCAGCCACUUCUGCAACGCCGAGAUCGCCGCCAUCAUCGCCGAGGAGUUCCCGCAGUAUGCCGACCGCAUGCCCACCGGUGAUGCGCUCAAGCCGGGUCAGUACCCCGCUGAUGGGGUGUAUGGGUUUGAUAACUCCCGGGCCCGCGAGAUUCUCGGUGUGCAGUUCCGGUCGCUGAGGGAGAGUAUUGUUGAUGCCGUUAGGAGUUUGUUGCCUUUGGGCGCGGAUAAGUACCAAGGGCCUGAGGCGGUGGGGAGGUAAGGUUUGGUUGUGGGGUUUUCUUGGUUUUGUUGGGGUUAAUUAGACGCUGGUAGGUUGGCAUGAUACUGUAUGAUAAUAUUCAAAGUGUGCUCUGUGGUGUAGGUGGAAUUGCUACGCUGAGGGUUUCGCUGUCUUCGCCUUGUUAUUAAGGUAUCCCUGACUUGGAUACAACAGCCGUCCCGUGGUAUUAACGUUAAGAGCACAAACGUUGAAAUAACCAG